AUGGUCUCCGCGUCGAAGACCAUCAUGACAAACGAGAUCUCGAUGCCAUCCCUUGGCCACAAAGAGGUGAGAAAGAUAUUAGUUGCCUUCCCAAUAAUCUUUGAUUUUCUAGAAUACCUUCCGACAGCUUCAACCCAAAGAAAACCUUCCGACCAGAUACCGGUCAGCUAGAUUUGAUCGUCUGAGAGGUGCGUCAUUCGAAUCGAAUGCUUUGUAACAAUAAAAACCUUUGUAGCCGCUCCGGAGAAUGUCAAUCCUGUCUUUGUGAAUCCCGCCGUUCUCGAAACAGAGGAACCGAACUUCGUCAGCUCUCGUCCGACCCCAAUCCAAGUUGUCCCAUCUUCCGAAACUGUCACUGAAAUCCCAAUGGAAUCUCCGCCAACAUCCCAUGAAACUCCGGCGGAGCCUGCUCCAACGUUCAGCGAGUUCUCAAUCGAAUCUUCGCCAACAGAACUUACUUCGACUUUUGAAGAGGUUCCCACCAAAGUUUCUCCAGCUUUCCAUGAGAUUCCAUUUGGCGUUUCUCCUUCUUUCCAUGAGAUUCCUGCCGAAACUUUGCCUCCUUUCCACGAAUUCCCAACUGACGCAUCUCCUAUUUCCCAAGAAACUUCUCAAAAAUUAGAGGGAACAUCUGAAGUCCCAACGGAAGUGCACUACGCUCAAGAGCGUGUGUAUCCGACUGCAGUAUCGGUUACUCCAACAAUCGAAUUUGUUGGAGUUCCUCCAAGUUCACAAAUUGAAGUGACAUCUACAAAUGUUGUAGGAAUUGAGGAAAUACCAACCUCUUCAACAAAAACACCGAAGAAACGGCGCCAUAGGGUACAAAAAACUUUGAUGAUAAACGUACAAUUUAUUAUCACACAUUUCAGCGUAAGCACCGCAAACUGAGAAAGAUCACGAAGGUCACGGAGGAUCCAACACAAGUCACAACCACAACUGAACUUCAAACUGAACCCCCGACCACUACUCUAACCUCCACAAUGACUUCUUCCAAACCAACAGCCACUACAACCAAAUCGCCUCCUUCCACAGCCGUUCCUCAAACCCCAUCUACCCCAGCACCAUUCCAAAUGUUCCCCACUGCCGGAUCAUUUGGCCCAAAAAUCGGUGAAUCCUACUUAGGCGGAUGGAAUGAGGACGAAGGUGUAAUUGUGACCACUUCCGGUCCGUCUCUGGGCAUGGCUCUCAAUCAGUUCUCCGAAAUCCCAGCCUCCAUUGCAAUUAGCGACGACAAAGCGAUCAAAGAGUAUUACGAGAAAUACUAUGCCGAGUGGUAUCAGUACGUUCUCCUUCAACCUUUUCUUUAAUAACAUGACAAUUUCAGAAAACAUAACCAGGCAUCCAAUACCCCGGUGGAUCCUACUUCGGCUCCUCGAGAGAUCAAAAUAGAACUGGCUAAGCCUUUGUCUAGCGAAUCGGCCACUCAGCCAACUGUGAGUCAUCUGAUCUAUUCGCACCCUUUUCUGUUUGAACACGACAUCACCGUCAAACAUCAGUUAUUAUCUUUACCGUCUUUUUAGGAGCUAUUAAAAUCGAAGACACGCUUUUAUUUGCAGGGUCUUUCCUCGUCGACAGCUCCACCGACAAAGGAACAACUUGACAAAGUGUGCGAUUAUGUGGCCAAGAUAUCAAAAUCGUUUGGAAUCAAAGACCUUGUUGGAUUUACCAAGAACAAUUGCUCGUUUGUCAAAAGUUUCCAUCCGACGGUACAAAUCAGAAAAACCGAUGAAUGAGAGCUGAACUUGAAAUUUUCAGGCGACUUGCGAGCAAAUCCAGCAUUUAAUGAGCUAUUGCGUAACCGGAGUACUUAUGAACAAUCAAUGAUCUCACUCUUUCGAAACUGUGUAACUUACGAUGCCAUCUUUUGAUCUUGCUUGUUACUGAUGUGCAAAGUCAUUCAACUUUCUGACAACUCUUCCUACCUUUCCCAACUGUUCUAUCCCAUGACUCUAAUGACUUUUGCUGUCAAUUGAACACAUCCUGUUGACUAAUAAAUCUGGAAUUGUGGCCAGUUAUUCUAAGGGCGGUGCCACACCCUUCUUCAUCACCCCCGUCACUGUUGAAUCUUCGUCACUUUCAGAGUCUCUCCCUUUCUACACCGAGAAAAAAAGUGAUAAUACAAUUUGAUAGGUAUGACUAUCAUAAUAAACGAAACGAUAAACGUGCACACGCGAGAGAGGGAAGAGAGGUGGGAGAGGUACAUGCUUGGCAAAACCCAUAAAGCGAGCCGGCCCCUGAAAGGUGGAGAAUCAGACAGAAGUGCCAGCGGCAAGUGAUAAGGGAGACACGACUUUGCACUACGCCUUCGCCCUCGAAAUGUGCUCUACCAACUAUUGCUUGGCUAUUGCUCUACUAGUCGGUAAGAUUUGGACACAGUUCUUUUAAAUAUCCUAAAUAUUAUGUCUGGUUGAUCUCAUUCUCAUGUUUUUUUCUCUCCCGAAAAGUUCGUGAUUUUUUCGCACUUGAUUGAUACCGCCGAUUACACUACAUACAUGCUCAAGGUGCAAACUUGGAAUCACAAAGUUUUCCGCUUGAUCCGUCUCUCUUGCUUUCUCAUUCCAUUGAUCUAAUUAACUUUUCACUAGUCUGGGAACUUUCAAAUUUCGAAAAGGCGUUCGGUUCCAACCAAAAUAGAUAGGCUUUGGCAACUUUGAUACUCUUACGUUAACCGGAUUGAUUACUUAUCAACGGCGAUAAGAACUUUCCACGUGCGAUGGUGACGCCUAUAUACGAUUAUGACUAACUGACUUUUGUACGCUAAGGAACACAUUUCCAGAAAGAUCUGAACAGGAACCUAACUGAACUGCAAGCAUUUUCCCGAGGAAAUUCACUUGAUUUUUGAUUGCGCUCGCUUCGCUUUUGCGUCAUGACGGUAGUAGCGGGAUUCUUAUCAACAGCGUGAAAUGCCAUUGGCAAAGAGCAAGAAAUGAAUCGAAUUAUAGAAUUUCCGAUCAAUAGAUGAACAAUUGGGAACUGUUUAAUUCGAAUUUCCAGGUGUGGUGACCGCUCAGGAUCCUCGGCUUACAGCUUGCGAUGCCACUCAACUCAAUACUUGCCAGUCGCAACUCAACACUAAACUCGGGUUUGAUGGUAAUAAAAAAAGUGUGCUGCCUUUAUAUAGCACGAUAUCGGAGUUUUAGCGUCGCUCGGUGUGACCAAAUACCAAGACUUGAGAAGUGCCAUUGAAAAAUCAUUUGCCGACGGACAAGCCUAUGGACUUCUCACGACGUGUGAAGCCUACAAGGAGUACCAGCAAUGCUAGUAGGGCUCGAGAAAGUGUGUUUUGUAGUUUGAACCGGUUUUCAGCACUGACUCCAACUUCUUCUCAUGCUCGCAGAACCCAUACGGUCUUUUGACAGCUUCCAAGUAGGAAAAGUCAAAUAUCUUCAAAGCGCAAAAGUAUACUUUCAGCAACGGAAACACCCAGUUCACCCAGGACCAGGCUAACGGAUACGUCAAGAUCUGGAACCAACUUGACUUCGUCUGCGGAGCUGGAUUCUCCAGUAAGAACCUUUUAUCUUUGCGCAGCUUGUCGGAAUGACCAAUCAACGAGAAACUUGCUAAUUAGAUCAACAAGCCUUCUACAUGAUUCGAGAUACACGAUUGUUUUAUGACAAAAAAGAAACAAUCGAGAAACGGGAAUGUAAUCAAUCAAACAGGGAUAUUUCAGUCUUUGCCAAUGCUGAAACUUGCGCGUCUGCCGUUUUCAACAACCAGACCGAUGUCAUGAGACAGUGCGACAACGACUUCAACACCAAUGCUCAGCUCGACCCCGCCCAGGCUUGCGCGUAAGAACAAUAUCUGAAAACCUGAAAAGGAACGCACUGGUUCUUUGCAGCUACGUCGAAAUUGCCGCCAACUGCUACUACCAACUGUUCUGGAAUGCGUGCAAAAUUCCGGAGGUGGCCUACUGGGGAUGCAACUACGAGCGCACCGGAACCAACCUCCUCUACCCACAGUGCUCCCAGAUUUUCUGCACAUGUGAGUUCAUGAGCUUUUUUCAAAUUCUAUCUGAGACUUGUUUUGUUUUCAGUCCACGAACGCGUCUGA